AAGGGGGGGUCUCGGCGGCCAAAGGAGGAGUAGCAGCGGGUGAAGAUGGCGGCAGCCGAGGCCGCGAACUGCAUCAUGGAGAAUUUUGUAGCCACCUUGGCUAAUGGGAUGAGCCUCCAGCCGCCUCUUGAAGAAGUAAAUAUCCUUUUCCCCUCCCCAUCAGCCCUGUGCCUCCCCCCCCUUUUGCUGUUCCCUCCCCUCCCCAGCUGUGGGCUGAGCUAGAAUCGGGGGCAGAGAAACUGGAGAGAUGGUAGGCGUGGCUGAGGUCUCCUGUGGCCAGGCUGAGAGCAGCGAGAAGCCCAAUGCUGAGGACAUGACGUCCAAAGAUUACUACUUCGACUCUUAUGCUCACUUCGGCAUCCACGAGGAGAUGCUGAAGGAUGAGGUGCGGACCCUCACAUACCGCAACUCCAUGUUCCACAACCGGCACCUCUUCAAGGACAAGGUGGUGCUGGAUGUGGGCUCUGGCACAGGUAUCCUCUGCAUGUUUGCUGCCAAAGCCGGGGCCCGCAAGGUCAUCGGGAUCGAGUGUUCCAGUAUCUCUGAUUAUGCGGUGAAGAUUGUCAAAGCCAACAAAUUAGACCAUGUGGUCACCAUCAUCAAGGGGAAGGUGGAGGAGGUGGAGCUGCCAGUGGAGAAGGUGGACAUCAUCAUCAGCGAGUGGAUGGGCUACUGUCUCUUCUAUGAGUCGAUGCUCAACACUGUGCUCUAUGCCCGCGACAAGUGGCUGGCACCUGAUGGCCUCAUCUUCCCUGAUCGAGCCACACUGUAUGUGACGGCCAUUGAGGACCGGCAGUAUAAGGACUACAAGAUCCACUGGUGGGAGAAUGUAUAUGGUUUUGACAUGUCUUGCAUCAAGGAUGUGGCCAUCAAGGAGCCCCUCGUGGAUGUAGUGGACCCUAAGCAGCUGGUCACCAAUGCCUGCCUCAUAAAGGAGGUGGACAUCUACACUGUCAAGGUGGAAGACCUGACCUUCACCUCCCCGUUCUGCCUGCAAGUGAAGCGGAAUGACUACGUGCAUGCUCUGGUGGCUUACUUCAACAUCGAGUUCACCCGCUGCCACAAGAGGACCGGCUUCUCCACCAGCCCCGAGUCCCCCUACACGCACUGGAAGCAGACAGUCUUCUACAUGGAGGAUUACCUGACUGUGAAGACAGGCGAGGAAAUCUUUGGUACCAUUGGCAUGCGGCCCAACGCCAAGAACAACCGUGACCUGGACUUCACCAUCGACCUGGACUUCAAGGGCCAGCUGUGUGAGCUCUCCUGCUCCACCGACUACCGGAUGCGCUGAGGGCUGGCCCACUGCUCCUUGGAGCCCAGGGCUGCGGUGGUCUUAGGCGAUUUCAGGGCCCUCCCUUCUCCCUCCCUCUGAAGGGGGCUUUAGGGGCCUGGGCCGGGGUGGGGGGGACACAUCGUGACUGUGUUUUUCAUAACUUAUGUUUUUAUAUGGUUGCAUUUACGCCAAUAAAUCCUCAGCUGGG